CCAGGGCGCUGUGCGGGACUCCAGAGACGAACAUGGGCUUCGGUUUGGUCCCGUGUGCGUAAAGUGACCAAAACGAAGCGAUGGAAGAGAAACGCGCGUGAAACGAGGAUAAAGCGGUGUUUUUCAUCUCCAUCUGACCCGAACAGGAGAAAGAAGGAGUAAGACAGAGACGAGGGGAGAGAGGGGGGCUCCUAACUGGAAACUUUCACAGCCUUUCUUGGACCCUGCUCCCCUCCACGGAUUCUGGGAAACAAGUCAGAAAAGAAAGUUUAAUGCACAACAUCACUGCAUGAAGCAAAGGUCCGGGGUGACUGUGAGGGGAGUGCCGGUCUUGGGGUUCUGAUGCCAGUGGACAUGCAGCCGCACCAGGGGCUGUAUCAGUACGAGAGCUCAGCCAACCAGCCCACCAGAGGUCUAGUCCCAUCAGAUCAGUACUCUGAAGUGUCGCCGAUGCGUGCUCCACCCCAGAACGGCCCGCCCCAAGACUGCCACACUAUGUUCAACCCCAUGACUCCCAGUAUGACGCAUGGCUCAGCACCAGGACAAGGAUUUGGUCCCUGCAUAGAUCCAUACAUGAGACCCCCUCAAGCCCCACCUCCACAUAAUAUGAUGGGUCACCGGGGGAUGCCACCACCAGAGAGUGGCAAUAGCACCCCCUACUGUAACCAAAAUAACAUGAUGUCCUCCCAUCACAACUUCUGUCAGCUGCCCCCUGGCUCGGACCCUAAUGGUGGAGAUGGGUCACGGUACUCCACACCUCGCUCCAUGCUGAAGCUGGGUAAGAAGAGAGCCUUGUCCAUCUCUCCUCUGUCUGACGCCAGUGUGGAUCUACAGACUGUGAUCCGAACCUCACCCAACUCUUUGGUGGCCUUCGUCAAUUCACGCUGCAACACCAAUGGAUCCAGUUCUUAUGGGCAUCUAUCUGUGAGCGCCAUGAGUCCAUCCCUCAACUACAACAACAACAUGAACUGCCAGUCGCGUCAGCACAGCUCCCUUUAUGGAGGAGGUGGUGUGACACCUUUGGGUGGGCACACACCAGGACCAUGUCAAGCUUCCCGUUUACCCCCCCAUAAUCCCCGGCUGCAUGCUCCCCCCAAGCACGGACAUGUAAGACCACUCACACAUCUAAAGACUGAGCCAGGCCUGGGAAGUGGGAUGGAUGGUAUUAAUGUGAAGAGCUUGGAGGAGCGGUCAGACGGAGAUGUGGCCAGUCCCUCCUCCACUGGUACUCAGGAUCCUCUUCUUGGUCUCCUGGAUGGUAGAGAUGAUCUGGACAAAGAGGAUGGGAAGCCUGAACCAGAAGCUGUCUACGAAACCAACUGUCGCUGGGAAAGUUGCAACAAGGAGUUUGACACCCAGGACCAGCUUGUCCAUCAUAUCAACAACGAGCACAUCCACGGAGAGAAGAAGGAGUUUGUGUGUCACUGGCAGGAGUGUUCCCGGGAGCAGAGGCCGUUCAAAGCGCAGUACAUGCUGGUGGUUCACAUGCGCCGGCACACGGGAGAGAAGCCCCAUAAGUGCACUUUUGAGGGAUGCAACAAGGCAUACUCUCGUCUGGAAAACCUGAAAACUCACUUGCGCUCUCACACCGGAGAAAAACCAUAUGUGUGUGAACAUGAAGGAUGCAAUAAAGCCUUUUCCAAUGCCUCUGACCGGGCCAAGCAUCAAAACAGGACCCACUCUAAUGAGAAACCAUAUGUGUGCAAGAUCCCUGGCUGCACUAAACGCUACACAGACCCAAGCUCACUGCGUAAACAUGUGAAAACCGUGCACGGCCCUGAGGCUCACAUCACCAAGAAGCACAGAGGAGACACCGGCCCUCGUCCCCCUAACUCAGCUAUGACUCCUGGUGGCCAGAACACAGAACUGCUGCUAGAGAAAGAGGAACCACGCAGGGAUGACUGCAAACUGUUGGCUCCUGAAACUGCCCUUAAAUCACAGCCAAGUCCUGGAGGUCAAUCUUCCUGCAGUAGUGAGCGGUCUCCACUAGGGAGCGGUAAUAACAAUGACAGUGGGGUAGAGAUGAACCUGAAUGCAGCAGGCAGCCUGGAGGACCUCACAGCGCUGGAAGAUGGGGUGACAGGAGCAGGAGGGGAGCCAGGAAGUGUGGGGAUGUCGGCACAAGCUCUGAAGAGGCUGGAGAACCUCAAGAUUGACAAACUGAAGCAAAUCCGAAGGCCAACUCCCCCCUCACGCUGCAACAAUAACAAGCUGCCAGCCAUUCCUGGUGCUGGUGAGAACAUGGGGAUUUGUGCACCAUCUCCCCUCCUCUCAAACCGGCGGGUGAUGGAGCUCUCCAGUCAUGAGGUUGGUGGAGGCGCGUCCAUGGGCUGCUCUUCUGACCGGCGAGGCAGUGGCACCAGCAGCCUCAGCUCCGCCUACACUGUGAGCCGCAGGUCCUCCAUGGUGUCUCCGUACCUGUCCAGCCGGCGGUCCAGCGAGGUGUCCCAGAUGGGAGGGGGCACGGCACACCUCACGGGCCCGGAGCAGAGCGCAGGAGGAGACGCGCUUUCCCCGGAAAUUAAUCGAAGAGGUCCUCCUUGUCCAUCGGGUGGACUACCAGGAUUAGCCAAUUUCACCCCAGCUCAACAGUACAACCUGAAAGCCAAAUACGCAGCAGCAACAGGUGGCCCCCCUCCCACUCCUCUACCCAACAUGGAGCAGCCCGGGACGCCAGCAAGAAGAGCUGGCAUGCUUGGUGACUAUCAGGGGCAGCCUUUGCCUGCUUUCCUUCAACAUGGUGGUCCAAGAAGGCACAGUGCUAACACAGAGUAUGGUACUGGCAUAAUCUACCCUCACCAGGCUCCAGGGAACAACACCAGGAGGGCCAGUGAUCCGGUUCGGUCUGCAGCAGACCCACAAGCCCUUCCUAAGCGCUUCAACAGCCUCACUAAUGUGUCCCUGAUGAGCCGGAGGAACGCUCUCCAGCACCGCGGCAACGACUCAAGCAUGGGCAGACACAUAUACUCUCCUCGCCCGCCCAGCAUUACUGAAAAUGUUAUGAUGGAGUCUAUGGGAAUGGAGCAUCACAUGGGUCCUGAGAGGAAUUACAUGGGAUACCAGCAACAGGGCCUUGGUGGUCCGGUGUCGAACCAGUUGUCACCGGGUCAUGAUCCUCUGGGCUGCACUGACCAGGGUUAUAAUCAGGGGCAUUACCAGCAGGCCAGAGAGGUCUCAUCCAACACCCUUCUCCAACAGGCAGAGUACGGGAUGAGCAACUGUCAGCUCAGCCCAUCAGGUCCUCAUUAUCCAGCUUUAGGCCAGGGAGGUGACACUGGUGCGGGGCCUUGGAGCCAGGACCAGAGAGGCAUGCCUUAUGCAGAUCCCAGCAUGCAGUCUCAGCCACACUACAACAACAAUCAGCCUACCAUGUACAACAGUGCAGAGGGCACUCACAAACUCACCAUUAAACCAGAGCAGUUCCACCCCGGUAUGGGGGCCGGGGAAGCUUGUCAGAGUGCAAAGCUCCAACAACAGCAGCGUAUGCAUUUACAGCCAGGCCAGAGCUACCCCACGGGACAGGCCAUGAUGAGAAACACCAACAACAUGGGCUGUGAUUUCCAAAACCAAAGCCCCUUUCCCAGUGGAGGCAGCAUGAGCCUGGGUUGCGCUGGUAAUGCACUUUCUGAGGGGCAAAGGUCAGAGACGCCUAUGAUGCAGGUAAAGGAGAUGAUGGUGAGGAACUAUGUACAAUCUCAGCAAGCUCUCAUGUGGGAACAGCAGAAUGAACACUCAAUCAAAGGCCCUCCUCUCUCUGACAACAUGGAUAUGAGUGGACAAAUGAUGCAGCACAGUCCACAGCACCAAAAUCAGAAUCUCUACCCUAAUCAAUCCUAUCCUGCUUACUCCAACCAAAACAUGGUCCUGAGUCCUCCAGCCCACAGCAGAGGUGCAAUGACUCCUAAAGACCAGCAAAUGGCAGGUCUCCAAGCUGCCUGCUACAAUCAGGACAUGGUCCCUAGGCCCCCCCCUGGCAGGAAGCCUCUGAGCCGCCAGAACAGCCUGUCCCAAAUGGGAGGGGCAUAUCUAAACAGCCCACCCCACCUCAGCCCUGUCCACUCCACUUCCAGCCCAAGACGAGGAGUCCGACUUCCCCCAGUCCAACACCCACAGGGGCCUCAAAAUGAGAUGUUUUCUCCUACAAACAAUAACAUGUAUUACUCGGGUCAGAUUAGCAUGGACAUGGAGAAACAUAUAGACCCACAGAAUGCUCCCCUCGCUCCUUUCUCUGAGCCUGGCCCCAUGUCCAACACUUUAGAGAACCUGGACUUGGACAAUGCUCGAAUAGACUUCACCUCUAUCAUUGAUGACACAGACUCUCCUUCAUUCACCUCGGGGAACGCUGCCCCAGGACAGUUAGGCUCCUCCUCCCAGGCCUCAUCCCGCCUCACGACCCCCCAGACCUCUGUGAGCCUGGCUGCAGGUUCAGGACUCUCCAACAUGGCGGUGGGGGACAUGACGUCGAUGCUCACCUCACUGGCUGGAGAAAACAAAUACCUGAACACAAUGUCCUGAAGACUGUUACACUUUGUUUAUAUGUAUCCACCAGCUGGACAUGCUAUGUAGUGUUGUCUUUUUCAGCUGAUUUUACUAUCUUUGGGUCAAUACUUUGAAUAGCCAAUGAUUCUGCACAAUAAUGGUACAACAAUAAUCAUGUGUACUCAGUUUUUGGUUACCAGGGGUGUGUUAAUAAUCCCAUUAGAAACCAAAGGUGCCUGACCAGUUUGCCUUGCUGUUUUGAUAAUUUUGGUACUUAUAGUUGCCUUAAUGUAAGACACAGAGCCUCAUGCCUGACUCAUGUUGAAUUGUUGUUUACAGGCAUUCCCACCACACUUGGCUUUGGAGCUACGAAGGACCUGUACAUAGAUUUUAUAUACAUUAUAUCUGUUAUAACAUAUUUGUGUGUCGUAAAUGUACAUGACAUUGGGGCAGUAGAUAAUCAUGCUCUGUGCUGUCAUAAAUGUUUAAAAGCUCUCCCAAUGGAGCGUUUUAAAGCUGAGCUAAACAUGUGCUUGUAGUAAGAGAGCUUUUCUCGGUGCUAGUAAAUAAUAUUUUGUAAUCAUGUUUUGCUUAUCACAGCAAGUCUUCACCAGAGGCAUAUCAGUAUUUCCACAGUAUGCACAUUUACUUAGUAUAUUGUACACAGAGACACUCAGGACUUUUGUGGUCUGACGACAUGUUUGUUCAAAUUGCCUUCUCGAGACAAACCGAUUGCACUCCAUUUUUACUGUAAGCCUUUCUAGAGCAGCUUUGAAUUUAUAUAUUAUAUUUUUUUCUCUUUUAUACAAAAUUGAAAUAGCUAAGGUACAUACAAACGAGUAAAUUCAUAUAGUAAUAAUUGGGCUGCUGACCUUUCC